AUGAUCUCUGUGCAGGGAGAUCACCACCUUCGCCACCACUAUAACCACCAGUCGCAGCUUUCAGGCUUAGCUGACGACUCUCGGUCGCCGUUCACUUUGGAUCGCGUUGAACCGUUCUCCGUCAAGCAAGAGCCAGCUUCGCUCACGCUAUUGCCUUUACGCUCUCAUGAUUCCAGUGAAGUUGAUGAAGAUUUACAUUUGACUCUUGCACAUCAAAUGUACAAGACUGGAAGUUAUAAGAAAGCACUAGAACACAGCAACACUGUCUAUGAGAGAAAUCCGCUUCGCACCGACAACUUAUUGCUUCUUGGUGCAAUUUAUUACCAGUUACAUGAUUUUGAUAUGUGUGUGGCAAAAAAUGAAGAAGCGCUUAGGAUCGAGCCACACUUUGCUGAGUGUUAUGGUAAUAUGGCAAAUGCAUGGAAGGAAAAAGGCAACAUUGAUCUUGCAAUUCGCUAUUACUUGGUUGCCAUUGAGCUUCGUCCCAAUUUUGCCGAUGCAUGGUCAAACCUAGCUAGUGCAUACAUGCGUAAAGGAAGACUUACUGAAGCAGCUCAAUGCUGCCGUCAAGCACUUGCUAUAAACCCUCUAAUGGUUGAUGCUCAUAGCAACUUGGGUAAUUUAAUGAAAGCUCAAGGGCUGGUCCAAGAAGCAUACAGUUGUUACCUCGAGGCUUUGCGUAUUCAACCUACCUUUGCUAUUGCAUGGUCAAAUCUUGCUGGUCUGUUCAUGGAGUCUGGUGAUUUCAACAGAGCCCUGCAAUAUUACAAGGAAGCUGUUAAACUCAAACCUUCCUUCCCUGAUGCAUACUUGAACCUUGGGAAUGUAUACAAGGCUUUAGGGAUGCCUCAAGAAGCUAUUGCAUGUUAUCAACAUGCUCUUCAAACCCGGCCAAAUUAUGGCAUGGCUUAUGGUAAUUUGGCCAGUAUACAUUAUGAGCAAGGUCAACUGGACAUGGCAAUUCUACACUACAAACAAGCUAUUGCAUGUGACCCCAGAUUUUUGGAAGCUUACAAUAAUUUGGGUAAUGCUUUGAAAGAUGUUGGCAGAGUGGAGGAAGCUGUCCAGUGCUACAAUCAAUGCCUUUCAUUACAGCCCAACCAUCCACAAGCGUUAACCAAUCUUGGAAAUAUAUACAUGGAAUGGAACAUGGUGGCUGCUGCUGCUUCAUAUUAUAAAGCUACACUAAGCGUAACCACUGGAUUAUCUGCACCUUAUAACAACCUUGCUAUAAUCUAUAAGCAGCAGGGGAAUUAUGCAGAUGCCAUAUCUUGCUACAAUGAGGUCCUCCGCAUUGAUCCUUUGGCAGCUGAUGGUCUUGUAAACAGAGGCAAUACUUAUAAGGAGAUUGGAAGAGUUACUGAUGCUAUCCAGGAUUAUAUACGUGCAAUUACUGUCAGGCCUACCAUGGCUGAAGCUCAUGCUAAUUUGGCUUCUGCCUAUAAAGAUAGUGGACAUGUAGAGGAAGCUGUAAAGAGCUAUAGACAGGCAUUGGUUCUCCGCAAAGACUUUCCGGAAGCAACUUGCAAUCUUCUACACACACUUCAGUGUGUCUGCUGUUGGGAGGACCGUGACCAAAUGUUCAAGGAAGUAGAAGGGAUUAUCAGAAGGCAAAUUAAUAUGUCAGUUCUUCCUAGUGUCCAGCCAUUCCAUGCAAUAGCAUAUCCACUUGACCCAAUGCUUGCUCUGGAAAUUAGCCGCAAAUAUGCUGCACACUGCUCUGUAAUUGCAUCUCGUUUCUCUCUUCCACCAUUUAGCCAUCCCACUCCUAUUCCUAUCAAGCAGGAGGGAGGCUAUGAAAGACUAAGGAUUGGGUAUGUGAGUAGCGACUUUGGUAAUCACCCCUUGUCACAUCUAAUGGGAUCUGUUUUCGGUAUGCACAACAGUAAGAAUGUAGAGGUAUUCUGCUAUGCUUUGAGUCCAAAUGACGGUACUGAAUGGAGACAACGUAUUCAAUCUGAAGCAGAGCAUUUUGUGGAUGUAUCUGCCAUGACAUCAGAUAUGAUAGCUAAACUGAUCAACGAGGAUAAGAUUCAGAUUCUUAUCAACCUCAAUGGUUAUACAAAGGGUGCCAGAAAUGAGAUAUUUGCCAUGAAACCUGCGCCAAUUCAAGUUUCAUAUAUGGGAUUUCCUGGCACAACUGGAGCUACUUACAUAGAUUACUUGGUCACUGAUGAGUUUGUUUCACCUCUUCAGUAUGCACAUAUAUACUCUGAACAGAUUGUCCAUCUUCCUCAUUGCUACUUUGUAAAUGAUUAUAAACAGAAAAAUCAGGACGUGUUAGAUCCAAACUGUCAGCCCAAAAGAUCAGAUUAUGGUCUACCUGAGGACAAGUUUUUAUUUGCAUGCUUCAAUCAACUUUAUAAGAUGGAUCCUGAGAUAUUUAAUACAUGGUGCAAUAUACUUAAACGUGUGCCCAACAGCGCGCUUUGGCUCCUGAAAUUUCCCGCAGCAGGCGAAAUGAGACUGAGGGCAUAUGCUGCUGCACAAGGGGUGCAGCCGGAUCAAAUUAUCUUCACAGAUGUUGCGAUGAAGAGCGAGCACAUUAGACGGAGUUCUUUAGCAGACCUAUUUCUUGACACGCCUUUAUGCAAUGCACAUACAACAGGAACAGAUAUACUAUGGGCAGGUCUUCCUAUGGUUACUCUGCCUCUCGAGAAAAUGGCUACUAGGGUUGCUGGCUCACUCUGUCUCUCCACUGGGCUGGGAGACGAGAUGAUUGUCAACAGUAUGAAAGAGUAUGAAGAUAGAGCUGUAUCACUGGCUCUGAAUCGCCCUAAGCUUCGAGCUCUAACUGACAAGCUCAAAGCUGUACGCAUGACCUGUCCUCUCUUCGACACAAACCGAUGGGUGAGGAAUCUCGACAGAGCAUAUUUUAAAAUGUGGAAUUUGCAUUGCUCUGGUCAACGGCCACUUCAUUUUAAGGUCACUGAAAAUGAUAUUGAAUGUCCUUAUGAUAAAUAG